GUAUUUACUGAGUACAUAGCAUAUGUCCAGCACUGUUCUAUGUGCGGGGAAUACAGCAAUAAACAAAACAAAGUUCCUCCCUGUAGAGCUCACAUUCUGGCAGGGGGCAGACCAUAAACUAAUUGAGGAAUAGAUAUAGAAGAGGUGGUGAUAGGUACUAUUAGAAAAAAAAAAGAAAGCAGGGCGCCUGGGUGGCUCAGUGGGUUAAAGCCUCUGCCUUCGGCUCAGGUCAUGAUCCCAGGGUCCUGGGAUCGAGCCCCGCAUGGGGCUCUCUGCUCUGUGGGGAGCCUGCUAACUCUCUCUCUCUCAGCCUGCCUCUCUGCCUACUUUUGAUCUCUGUCUGUAAAAUAAAUAAAUAAAAUCUUAAAAAAAAAAGAAAGAAAGAAAUAGCAUUAGGAGGACAACGGUGGUUAGGAAGAGGAAUCUUCCUGCUCUUUGAGAACCCGUCUCACUUCCUCAUUCUCAAGUCCUUCCUUGCUUGCCCUUCCCAGCCGCCCAGGUAUCUGUCCACAACAAGAAAAUGAGAUUUUUCAUUAACUUAGUGAAGAAAAUAUGACAGAUGACUGGAAAGGCAAAUAGUGCAGUAUGUAAACCAAACAAAAGGGGAACCUCUGAAAGCAAUGUUUUCCGUACAUUCUUAAUAGAACACCCAAACGCGUUUUGGUUUCUAUAAUGCAGUCCCUUUUAUCAGCCAACUUUUAUGCUGCUUCUCGCUGGUGAUCUGUUUGCUCUUUACUCACCCAGUCCUUUCUGAGCCGUAUAAAAAGAUCCAAGAGCGCCUGGUUGAGGUUUUGCUCUCAGGGAGGCACCGAUUAAGGACUCUGGAAAGGACAGAGUCUUUGUUCAUUUACAAUGGAUCGGCUAACGCUUUUCUUCCUCCAUCCUGUAUCACUUUAUCAAGGGGCGGCUUUCCCUUUUGCACUUCUGUUUAAUUAUCUCUGCAUUCUGGAUUCUUUUCCCACCCAUGCCAGGUACCUCUUUCUCCUGGCUGGAGGGGGCGCCCUGGCCUUGGCAGCCAUGGGUUCCUUCGCUGUGCUGGUCCUCAUUCCCGCUCUGUGGGCUGCGGCGCUGAUUUCCUGGCGUGGCCCGCGGGAUGUGCACAGGUGGGCGUUCAUUUCCCAGAUGAGCUGGCAGACGCUCUGUCACCUGGGGCUGCACUACACCGAAUACUAUCUUCGAGAACGUCCUUCCACGAGGUUCUGCAUCACUCUUUCUUCCCUCAUGCUAUUGACCCAGAGGGUGACGUCCCUCUCUCUGGAUAUCCGUGAGGGAAAAGUGAAGGCAGCAUCAAGAGGCAUCGGGGAAAGAAGCUCGUUGUCUGAGCAUCUGUGUGAGGCGCUGCCCUACAUCAGCUACUUGCUCUUUUUCCCUGCUCUCUUAGGAGGCCCCCUGUGUUCCUUCCAGAAAUUCCAGGCUCGUGUCCAAGGGUCUGGCACUUUGAGUCCCAGGCGCGCCCUCUGGGCUCUGAGCCAGAGGGGUCUGCAGAUCCUGGGUCUCGAGUGCCUAAAGGUGGUUUUGGGGAAGGUGGUGAGAGCAGGAGCAGGUCUGGCUGACUGCCAGCAGCUCGAGUGUAUUCGAGUCAUGUGGUCCACGGCCGUGUUCUUCAAACUCACCUACUACUCUUGCUGGAUCCUGGAUGACGCCCUCCUCCACGCCGCGGGCUUUGGACCUGGGUUUGGUCACAGCCCCAGCGAGGAGGGCUACCUCCCCGAUGCGGACAUCUGGACACUGGAAACGACCCACAGGAUCUCCCUGUUCACGAGAAAGUGGAACCAAAGCACAGCGCGGUGGCUCCGACGCCUCGUGUUCCAGCACGGCGGGACCUGGCCACUGCUGCAGACCUUUGCCUUCUCGGCCUGGUGGCAUGGGCUCCAUCCAGGACAGGUGUUCGGUUUCCUGUGCUGGGCUCUGAUGGUGGAGGCCGAUUACCUGAUUCACACUUCUGCCGGCUUGUUUAUCAGAUCCUGGCCAAUGCACCUGCUCUACCGAGCGCUCACUUGGGCCCACACCCAGCUCAUCAUUGCUUAUAUAAUGCUGGCCGUGGAGGCCCGGAGCCUCUCCUCCCUCUGGCUGCUGUGUAAUUCCUGCAACAGUGUCUUCCCCCUGGUGUACUGCAUUUUGCGUUUUCUAUUGGGAAAGAGAAAGCAGACAUUUAACUGAUAGCUUCUCUCCUGCCUUCAGGGUAUACAUCCAUGAAACAGAGUUGAGAAAGUGCCAGAUGGUGUGUUGAUGAGACGUAGGCUUGAACUCUUCCAUACUAGGCUUUUGUUUUGUUUUGUUUUAUUUUGUUUUGUUUUUCAAGUACUGGGUGUAUAUUCCUGGGGUCUGCCCGUAGAAAUUUGUGUACCUCUUUUCACAAGCUAUAGUACUGAUACUGAAGAUUUAAAAAAAAAAAAAAAAAAAGACAUGGUUUCUUCCUUUAGGACUUACAGUUUGGGCAUGGAAGCAAGGAAAGGUGAUAGGUAAAAACAGAAGGUACUGCCAACCAAAAGGCAAGUGGUAAAUGCUGGGCCAAACACUGAAUCUCCAACAGUUCCACUUGAUCCUGGACGGCGAGUUUAGCCAGACAAAAAUAAGAGAAAUCUUCAUUAGGGGCAGCCGCCUGGCAGACUCACUCAGUAGAGGGUGUGACUCUGGAUCUUGGGAUGGUGAGUUCUAGUCCCAUGUGGGAUGUAGAGAUGACUUUAAAAAGUCCUCUAAAUCAGAUUCUCGUAUUGGCUUGUUCCACGAACUAGAGACUCAUUCUCAUCUAGAGGUAAU